GUGUAUUUUUAUUUUCUUUUAAGUAUGAUGUAAGCAUCCGUCUCUGACUCUCAGGGCUCUCCCUCAGCUAAACACAUCUGCUCCCAUCUUCUGUAACAACAAUAAUGAGGACUUCAGACAGAGUUUUAGGUGGGUGGGGUCUCAUCAGUGGAGCCUCACCUCUACCUGGUGCACAUUUCCAAUGGACUAUUUGUCCAAAAUCUACACGUGUGUCAUAAACACUUUUCCUUACCUCUGAACACUCAUGAAUAACAAACAGUGGCUUUCCUUAAAACCGCAACCAAAGAAUAGUUCAAUCUCAUCUUUUAGAAAAAAUUUCACUUCUUCGGCCCUCCAAGAUGUUUUGUUUUACUUUUUAAAGCUCAUAAUCUGUAUUUAGUAGAUACUUCUGUAACUCUAUUUACAUGUAAAUAUUUGUUCACAUUGUCACACUCAAUACCAAGGUGAUACAGAAUCCUCAUAUCUAUCAAUGGUUUAGUCUUCAUUGUGUGACAUUAGACUAUGGCAGAAAGCCUCAACAAUGGCAUCAUUUAGGCAUUACCUAAAAUGUUUAUCGUAUGGUUUGUGGUCGAUUUAGACCUAGCCAUACUAAAAGAGGACUUCUUAUGCCAGUAGGGUUGAUUUUGACUUGCCUUGUAUUCACGGAGCUAUAACCAAAGUCGAUACAAACAUUGGUAGUGUCAUGGCAUGCUCUUUACUCAUUGAAGUAGGGGAACAGCUUCUGGAAUAAUAAUGGACCUGGCACUGGGGAGUUCCUCCCUAAUGGACAGUAGCGAGUCUGAUAUUUUAUCAAGAUCCACUUUUAAAACCUGUGACUUUGCCGUAAGGCUCUGCUCUGCUUCUCUUUGCGCCCCAUGGUGUGCUAUUUUUAUGCUGCACAUGUUUAAUUUUGCAACUUGUGACAAUUUGAAAGGCAUAACAAUGUCUGUUCCCACUGAGAUAUAGAGAAUACACCAAGAUGUUUUGAGAGGAGCAGUCUUUGCGAGCAAACUCCAUUGUGAGAAGAGUCUUCUUGGGAAUCACUACACUCCUCAUUCCUUGAAGGGAAGCCAACCUUCUUCCCUUAAUCAAUCAGUCACAUUUAUUUUUCCAUUCUAAGAAGCAAUGAGUAUCAUCUAAGUGCAUUUAAGAUUUCACAUAUUUGGACUUUGGCCUUCUCUAAAAGAGCUGCUCUGAAAAACAUUUCCUCCAAAAUGCAAUUAGGAGAAAUAUAUCUUGAAAUGAGCCUACACUUCUAUGUCCUUCUGUAACUUAUUUCACAUGGCCAGUAGUUGCUUGUGGAAUCAUCACUCAUCAAGGAACCUUUUGUUCUUAUCACAUGAUGAGCCGGUUUGCAUUUAAACUAAAUUUUUCUGUAACUUUACUGUUAGGAAUUUUAGUAGUCCCCUUACCAUGAGCCAAAACUGAUUUCAUCUAGAAAACCUUUAAGCCCUUAUGAGCUGUUCACUUAUAUUUCUUUGUAAAUGACAGUGGCUUUGCUCAAACAUCUCUGAAAUAUUAAAGACAUCUGUUAUUAUUGAACAUGCAACUCUUGAUUCUUGAUAUUGCUGCUAGUGGUAGUUAUAUCUAAUCCAAAUUAGCUGAUCAUUAAAAGAACAUUUUUGUUUUCUAAUACUCUGUGAUAUUUGUGUAGUUCUCUUCCUAAUUAUGUUUUGUGUUUUCCCAAGGAUAGCAUUAAACAACAUUAUUUUCCCUGCAUACUCCCCAACAACACAUAGAUACAGGCAGUGGGAUCCUUGCACACAUCCAACACAAUUGGUGAUUAGUAAUUACUUUCCCUAGAGAAAAUAUUGAUCAUACUGGUGGUCUAGGCUUCAAUGUGAAAAAUGAACCUUCUACAGAGGGCUGAUUUUGAGAAGGUUUUUCAAACAGAUUGAUUUGUGGAAUAUUAGCUGACUGUCCAGGGUCUACAGAAAGUUACAUAUACAGAGAAAGCACUUACGUGCACAUUCCAGGUAUCUACAUGGGUCUCUUUUACACCACCUUCAAAUUUUACUCAAACAUCAUCCCUUUCUCAUGAGGACUUUUGUUAUCACCUUGCUUUACAUGCCCUGCCAUCCCUUCCCUCCAUUUGACAUGCUCAGUGUCCCUUUGCCUGUUCUGUUGUUACUUUCCCCGUUCCCCAUUAUAAGCUCCAUGAGACACCAAUUUUGUCUGUUGGAUUCACUCGUGUAUAUUCAGCACCUAAAACAGUAGUGCAUAGAAGGGGCUCAAAAGGUAUUUUUAAAAUUUUAUUUAUUAAAUUUUUCAUUAAAUUUUUAUUUGCAUAUAAUUGUAGAUUAGCAUGGAAUUAUAAGCAAAUAAUACAGAGAGAUGCAGUGUACAAUUUACUCAGUUUUCUGCAGUGGUGACAUCUUACAAAACUAUAAUAAAACAUCACAACUCAGAUAUCAACAUUGAUACAAUAAGGACACAGAAGACUUCCAUCACCUCAAGGAUCUGCCAUGUUGCACUUUUAUGGCGAAUGCACUUCUUUCUGCCCCCACCCUUUGCUUAAUCCCUGGCACCCACUAAGCUGUUCUCCACUUUUAUAAUUCUGUCAUUUUGAGAAUGUUAUAUGAAUGGAAUCGUGGUAUGUAAUCUUUUGAGACUUGCAUUUUCACUCUGUGUAAUUCCCUUGAGAGCUAUCCAAAUUGUGUCUAUCACUAGUUCAUUCCUUUUUAUUACUGUCUAGUAUCACAUGGUUUGGACAUAUACAAUUUCUUUAACCAUUCACCCAUUAAAGGGCAUCUAGGUUGUUUCUAGGUUAAGACUAUGACAAGUCAAAAUGCUAUAAGCAUCCAUGUACAGGUUUUUGUGUGAAAAUAAAUUUUUAUUUCUCUGGGAUAAAUGCUCGGGAGUACAAUUGCUGGGUUUUGUAGAUGAUGUAUGUUCAGAAUUUUAAGACACCACCAGACUGUUUGCCAGAGUGACGGUAACAUUUUACAUUUUCACUGUCCAUGUAUGAGUGAUCCAGUUUUUCUGUGUCCUUGCCAACAUUUGGUCUUGACACUAUUUUUGAUUUUAUGUUAGCCAUUCUAAUAGAUGUGUAGUAAUAACUCAUUGUAGUUUUAGUCUACAUUUCAAUAAUUACUAAUGCUAUUAAAUAUCUUUUCAUGUGCUUACUUGCCCUCUGUUUUACCUUUGUGGUGAAAUGACUCUCCAUGUUUUUUGCUCAUGUUCUAAUUGGAUUGUGUGCUUCUCUAUUGUUGAAUAUUCAAAGUUUUUAUAUAUUCUAGAUGCAAAUCCUUUGUCAGAUAAGUGGUUUGCAGAUUUCACUUUCACUCUGUAUGUUGUCUCUUCAUUGUCUUGACAGGGUCUCUGAUGAGUGAAAGUAUUAAACUUUGAUGCCAUCUAAUUUAUUAAUUUCUCCUUUUAUGGCUCAUGUUUUUGGAAUAUAUACUAAUUGAAAACAUCUGUUUUACCAGCAAUGAAUAUUGCUAAAGACUCUGCCUAGCCCUAGAUUCUGAAGAUUUUCUUCUUUUUUUUUUUCUAAAACUUUAACAGUUUUACAUUUUACAUUUAAGCCUGUGAUGUAUUUUGAGCUAGUAUUUAUACAAGGUGUGAGAUCUUCUCCAAGGUUGGGUUCUUGCCUAUGGAUGUCUGUUUGCUCCAGCAUCACUGUUGAAAGGCUGUCUUUCAUCUAUUGAAUAGCUGCUCUUGCAUCUUUGUCCAAAUUAGGUGUGCAUAAUUGUGUGGCUCUGUUUCUGCAUUUUCUACUCUGUACCACUGAAUCAUGUGCUCAUCUGUUGUUCUAACCAUACCUCACAAACUUGAGAACUGCAGCCAUAUAAGUCUCAAAAUCAUUCUACCUGAUUUCAAGACUUACUUUUCAAAGUUGUGCUGGCUAUUCUAGUUCCUUUGUACAUCUAUAUACAUUUUUGAAAAAUCUUGUCUAUAUUCGAAAAGUCUUGUUGUAAUUUUGCUUGCAGUUGCAGUAAAGAACUGACAUCUUUAUUGUGUUUUAUUUAAAUCAUCUUUUUAUUUUUUUAUCAUAGUUUUUGUAAUUUUUAGCACACAAGUCUUGUAUAUGUUUUGUUUGACACACACCAAAGUAUUUCAUUUUUUGAGUCAUUGUAAAUGAUAUUGUAUUUUAAAUUUUAGUGCCCAUAUGUUCAUUGCUAGUACAACAGAUUUUUUUCAAGUAGUAUAAUUGAAUAUUUAGCUAGUAUCCUAUGACAUUCCUGAAGACCCUAAUUUAUACUAGAAAUUUUAAUUUUUCCACCUAUGAGUGAGAACAUGUGGUGUUUGGUUUUUUGUCCUUGCGAUAGUUUGCUGAGAAUGAUGGUUUCCAGCUUCAUCCAUGCGCACAUGCACCCUAAAACUUAAAGUAUAAUAAAAAAAAGAAAUUUUAAUUUUUAUAGAUUCCUUCGGUUUUGUAUAUAGAAAAUAAUCUUAGCAAAUGGAAAGAUUUUAUUUAUUUCUUUACAAUCUGUAUGCCUUUAAGUUUCUUUUCUUAUCUCAUUAUACUGGCUAGCACUUCCAACACUAUGUUGAAUAACAUUGGUUGAAGCACUUUUUUGUCUUGAGCCUUAUCUUUGGGUGAAAACAUUCAGCCUUUCACCAUUAAUCAUAAUGUUACUCGUAGGUUUUUGUAGAUGUUCUUUAUCAAAGUAAAGCAGUUUGUCUAUUCCUAUUUCUUGGAUUUUUUUUUAAUCAUGAAUGAGUUUUGAAUUUUGUCAUAUGCUUUUUUUGCAUCAAUGAAUAUAAUCAUGUGAUUUUUUUUGUGGGGGCCUGAUAAUAUGAUGUACUACUUUGAUUUUUUUAAUACUGAACCAGGCUUGCAUCCCCAGAAUGAACUCUACCUGAUUAUAAUAUAUAUUUCUUUUUAUAUAUUGCUAAUUUCUCUUUGAUAAUAGUUUGUUUAGGAUUUUGGAGUCCAUACUUGUAAGAGAUAUUUGUCUGUACUUUACUUUUCUGUGAUAUUGUCUUUCUCUAGUUUUUGUGUCAGGCCAAUACUGUAUUCAUAAAAUGAAUUAUGAAGUAUUAACUCUUGUCUAUUUUCUGGAAGAGAUUGUGAAGAAUUAGUGUUAAUUCUUCUUUUGAUGUUUGAUAGAAUUCUCCAGUGAAACCAUGUGGUCUGAAGGUUUUUUUUAUGGAAAAUUUUAUAAAUUGUAAAUUAAAUUUACUUACUUAACAGGUAUAAAGCUAUUCAAAUUAUCUAUUUAAUCUUUGGUGAAUUGUUUUAGUUUGUAAUUUUUAAGGAAUUUUUCCAUUUCAUCUAAUUCACGAAAAUAAUGUUGUAGGGUUGUUUGUAGUAUUCUUCUCUUAUGGAAUGAAUAUUUGUUUUUCCUGCUCACAAAUUUAUAUGUAAAGUCCUAACCUCUCAAUGUGGUUUUAUUUGGAGUUGUGACAUUUGGAGGUCAUUAGGUUUUGAUAAGGUCAUGAGGGUAGUGUGCUCAGGAUAGAAUUAGUGUCCUUAUAAGAGGAGGAAGAUACCACCUCUCUCUUUCUCCUCCGUGUGAGGAUGCAGAGAGAAGACAGCACUCUACAAGGUAGAAAGAGGGCGCUCACCAAAAUCAGAAUAUUCUGGCACCUCGAUCUUGGACUUCUCAGUCUUCAGAAUUGUGAGAAAUUAAUGUCUGUUGUUUUAGCCACCCAGACUGUGGUAUUUUGUUGUAGCAGCCUCCAUUGACCAACAUAUCUAUUAUCCUUUUGACAUUUGUAGGAUUUCUAGUUUUAUCUCUCAUUUUAAAAAGUAGUUUUAGUAGGCUGGGCAUGGUGACUCACUCCUGUAAUCCCAGCACUUUGGGAGGCCAACGCGAGCAGAUCACCUGAGGUCAGGAGUUUGAGCCCAGCCUGGCCAACAUGGUGAAACCCUGUCUCUAUUAAAAAUAUAAAAAUUAUCUGGGCAUGGUGGCAGGCACCUGUAAUGCCAGCUACUCAGGAGGCUGAGGCAGGAGAAUCGCUUGAACCCAGGAGGUAGAGGUUGCAGUGAGCCAAGAUCAUGCCCCUACACUCAGCCAGGGUGACAGAGUGAGACUCCAUCUCAAAAAAAUAAAACAACAACAAAAAUGUAUUUUUAAAUGAAUUAAAACAUCCAUCUUAAUUUUUUAGUACAUUAUAGAUAUCUAAAUUCUAAUAGAUCUAAAGCAGAUCUUUUGAUUCUCUUAACCCUAGAAGACUACACACGGUAUUAAUUUGUAUUUAUUUAUAUUUUUAAGUUUUUAACUGGCAAAUAAUACUUGGCAUAUAUUUAUGGGGUACAAUAUGAUGUUUCGAUAUAUAUGGUUAUUGCAGAAAGAUUAAAUCAAGAUGAUUAACCAUUUGAUUAUCUCACCUACUUAUCUUUCUGUGGUGAGAAUGGUUAAAAUCUAAUCUUUUCACAAUUUUGAAAUAUACGUUAUUAGCAGCUGUGGUCAUCGCGUUGUACAAUUGAUCAAUAAAAUGUAUUCUUCCUGUUUAGCUGAAACUUUGUAACCUUUGACCAACGUUUUUCCUUUUUCCAUCAGCCCUUCCCUCUCGUCCUCUGGUAAAUACCGUUCGACUCUUUGUUCCUAUGAGUUCACCUUUUCUAGAUUCCACAUAUAAGUGAGAUCAUACAAUAUUCGUUGUUCUGCGCCUGGCUUAUUUAACUUAGCAUAAAACAUCCUUGAGUUUCUUCCAUAUUAUCACAAAUGAUAGAAUUUCCUAAUUUGUAUAAGGCUGAAUAUUAUUUCAAUGUGUAUAUAUACCACAUUUUUUUAUUCACUCAUUUGUUGAUGAACACUUAGGUUGCUUCCGUAUCUUGGCCAUUAUGAAUCAUGAUGAAAUGAACAUGGAAAUGCAGAUAUCUUUUUGACAUACUAAUUUAAUUUUUUAUAUAUAUCCCCAGAAGUAGUUUUGACAAAGGUGCCCAGAACACACCAUGGGGAAAGGACAGUGUCUUCAAUAAAAGGUGUUGGGAAAACUAGAUAACCAUAUGUAGAAGAAUGAAACUGGACCUUUGUCUCACAUCAUAUACAAAAAUAUUAACUCAAAAUAGAUUAAAUACUUAAAUGUAAAACCUGGAACUGUGAUACUACUGAAAUAUAGGGGAAAAGCUUCAGGACACUGGUAUGGACAAUGAUUUAUCAUAUAUGACCCCAAAAGCACAGACAACAAAAGCAAAAAUAGAGAAAUGAAAUUGCAGCAAACUAAAAAGCUUCUGCACAGCAAAAAACAAAACAACAACAAAAACACAGUGAAGAGAUAACCCACAGUUGGCAGAAAAUAUUUGCAAACCAUACAUCUGAUAAAGGGUAAUAUCCAAAAUAUGUAAGAAACUCAAAUAGCUCAAUAGCAAGAAAACAAAUAAUGCAUUUAAAAAAUGGGCAAAGGACCUGAACAGGCGUUUCUCAAAAGAAGACAUACAAAUGACCCACAAGUUCCUGAAGAAACAUUCAACAUCCCUAAUCAUCAGGUAAAUACAAACUAAAAUCACAAUGAUCUAUCACUGCACAUCUAUUAGAAUGGCUAUUAGCCAAAAGACAAAAGAUAACAAGUAUCCUAAGAGUGCAGAGAAAAGGGAACCCGGGUAUACUGUUAUUGGGAAAGUAAAUUAUAAUAGUACAGCUAUUUUAGAAUACAGUAUGGAGGAUCUCAAAAAACUCAGAAUUAUCAUAUGAUCCAGCAAUCCCAUAGCAUGUCUAUGUCAGCAACUCAUUAAAUUUACCCAUUCGGUUAUUCAUGUCCCAAACUAGUUCAUUCUUAAUUCUUUUCUUUCCCUCAUGUCCCUAUUCAGUGUACCAAACUGUACUGAUUCUGUUUUCAAUUAUAUCCAGAAACUGACUACCUAUAUUUCCACUCCUGCCCAUGCCACCAUUGUUUCUCACCUGGACCGCCGUGAUGCCCCCUCACGUGUGUUCCUUCUUCCACUCUUGCUCCCUAGGAGUUCAUCCUUUACAUAGCAGGCAGAUCACACAAGUCCCCUAUUCCCUAGAGUGGCUUUCUGGCAAAGAGACUGAAAUCUAAAUCCCUUACCCCAGCUAUAAGGCUUCACAUACUGUAGCCCCUGACUUUAUCCAUGAAAAUGUCUCCCAGAAGUCUCUCCUGGCUCAGCAUGUUUCAGCAGCCACACCCUUCUUUCUGUUGCUUAAGGAUGCCAGGCUCAUUCCCAGCUUGGGGUAUUUGCACAAGCUGUUUCCUCCACUCAAGGUCCCCUUUACCCUAAACAUCUCACGGUCAGUUCCUUCUUGUAAUUUAAACUCCUGCUUAACUUCUUUUCUUAGAGAUCUCUUUCCUGACCUCUCAACCUACUCACUUUCUAUUCUGCCAGCUGGUUUUAAUGUUCUCUCCUGGUUCAACAGCACUUACUUAUAUGGGGUAUGUUCUUAUUUAUUAUUUGAUAACUUGAUGUUUUCUUUGUUUAGGUGUAAGCUGCAUGAGAACAGAGGCUUUGCCUUUCUCAGUUACCACUGUGUUCCCAGCACAUAGAACCAUGUCUGUAACAUAAUAGGUGCUCAGUAUAUAAUUUCUAUAUCUCUGAAUAAAAGUGCUGUGCUUAAGGUUGUCCAUUCCCUAUCUUAUUUUACUCUCCAACAAGUAAAUAAAAUAUGCAUUCUAUUCCCACUUUUGUAGAUAAGGAAAUGGGGUGUUCAACUAAUUAAACCAAGUGUUGAACUACAAUUGUGUAUUUCUUCUGCCUAUUUCAAACUUAGGGAUGCCAUCACUCAUGGUAAAUGUGUAGGAGAAAGAACUUCAGAAAGCAUGUUGCUGAUUUUUGUGUAUGAGUCUAUUUAUAUCUUAAAUAAUUUCAGUUAAAGUUCUGAAAAUUCCUAGAAUGCAUGCUUUGUUAUUCCAUUUAAAUGGUUAGAAUGGUUAGAUCCCUGAGACUGGUGGGAAUGGGGAAGAGUUCUAGAAGAGAGUGAGUUUCCAUUCAAUGUGUUUCAGUCUAUGAGUCCAGGAGUGCUUCUUUCUUUAGUGUAGAAGAACAUAAUUUCAUAUGUAAUACUUUUGGGAAUUAUCAGUUUCAACUAGAAUUAUUGCAACUGUCAGAAAAAGAAGCCAAAAGGCCUGUCUAGGUAUUUAAAAUAUGGCCCCAUCUGUGCUAAAUCUCACAGAUAUAAUAUUUAUAUUUAUACAGAACAAACAAAAAUAAAAAAAAAAACUCUAGCAGUAUAAAUUAAGAGUGUAGACAAAUCCUGAAAACUGCCUAUGGCACUUAAGAAUUCAGGAAAACCACUUUUUCAGAGAAGGCAAUCCUGUAGUUUUCUGGCUUUCACAGCAACUGCCUCUAUCCCAAUGUCUUAAAAGGAAAGUACUUUGUGAAAAUUGCAAAAAAGCUGAUUGGUAGGGAGAUGGUUGUGUUUGCCUUUUUGAAAUAUGAAGAAACUGAGGCACUUCUUUCUCUUUGGACAACGCAGCAAAUUAGUUUUGGAGCUCUGUUGCCUGGAGGCAAAGUAGAGGGCUUAAGAUUUGUGGUUUCUAGGCUACUGUGUUUUAAAGGAGACAAUUAUGUAUCCUAAUUUCCAAAUACCUGAGCCUGCGCUGUGCAGAAAAUGUAGCCAGUUUUAAGAAACAGCUUGUUUUCUACCUCUCAGCCCAUGAAGAAGAAUACAUUUAUCCCUGACAAAAUAGCAUUGUCCCCAUUUGGUGGUAAAUCGUCAAGUCUGUUCAGAAUCAGGGUCAGCUUCUCAAAUGAGCCUUUCCCCCAUGUAGCCUUCCUGAAUCUGAUUAACAGUGUGUCAGGGAGUUGUCUGAUGUCUGACCUUGAGCAGCAUGCUUCCCUCUCCCCACCUCCUUUUUUUGGGAAUCAUUCAUUUUGUGCAGCCUCGGGCCCUGAGAUUCCUCCCUAGCAGGCUGGAGUGCACUCGCAGGUUCCCUUUAUUGGUAUCCGAAGGGUUUCAGACCCAGUGACCUGUCAUCUGUCUUCUCACCUGCUUACAUGCUGAUUCACUGAUGAGCUGGCAUCGCAGGCCCCGCCUCCCUCUGAAUGGUCUGUGAGGUUGCAACUGCUUCUGGAGAGGGGAUGCCGAGCAGAACCAGAGCUGGGUUACUACAAGUGUGAACCGGCAGCCUAUCUGUUGCCACAGAAGAACUUGGUCACCACACUGAGAAGCUGUGUUUUCUCACCUCCCUGUUACUGUUGUAGCUGUAUCUGGCUUCUCUAGCAUUUUAAAGGAAUUUCUGAUUGAGGCGUUAACAGCUAAUUCCACAGGAGUUGUAAGGCAGCCUGUGCAUAAACUGAGACAGAAGUUUCUCCUCAGAGACUGUCUUUUUUUUAUUAUUAUUAUUGGCAAAGACUUCUGGCUGUCCUCAGAGGAAUACCUUGUUGCUUAAGAUGAGUGGCUGUAGAAAGCGGUGUAAACGUGAAAUAUUGAAAUUUGCCCAGUACCUUCUCAGACUAUUAACAGGUUCUCUUCAUACAGACAGCGUGGAAGAUGAACUGGAGAUGGCCACCGUCAGGCAUCGGCCCGAGGCCCUUGAGCUUCUGGAAGCCCAGAGCAAAUUUACUAAGAAAGAGCUUCAGAUCCUUUACAGAGGAUUUAAGAACGAAUGCCCCAGUGGUGUUGUUAAUGAAGAAACCUUCAAAGAGAUUUACUCGCAGUUCUUUCCACAGGGAGACUCUACAACAUACGCACAUUUUCUGUUCAAUGCAUUUGAUACGGACCACAAUGGAGCUGUGAGUUUCGAGGAUUUCAUCAAAGGUCUUUCCAUUUUGCUCCGAGGGACAGUACAAGAAAAACUCAAUUGGGCAUUUAAUCUGUAUGACAUAAAUAAAGAUGGCUACAUCACUAAAGAGGAAAUGCUUGAUAUAAUGAAAGCAAUAUACGAUAUGAUGGGUAAAUGUACAUAUCCUGUCCUCAAAGAAGAUGCUCCCAGACAACAUGUUGAAACAUUUUUUCAGAAAAUGGACAAAAAUAAAGAUGGGGUUGUUACCAUAGAUGAGUUCAUUGAAAGCUGCCAAAAAGAUGAAAACAUAAUGCGCUCCAUGCAGCUCUUUGAAAAUGUGAUUUAACUUGUCAAAUAGAUCCUGAAUCCAACAGACAAAUGUGAACUAUUCUACCACCCUUAAAGUUGGAGCUACCACUUUUAGCAUAGAUUGCUCAGCUUGACACUGAAGCAUAUUAUGCAAACAAGCUUUGUUUUAAUAUAAAGCAAUCCCCAAAAGAUCUGCAUCCUUUUCAUAAUGCCACUGAGUUCACGGGAUGUUCUAACUCAUUUCAUACUCUGUGAAUAUUCAAAAGUAAUAGAAUCUGGCAGAUAGUUUUAUUGGUUCCUUAGCCAUGGGAUUAUUGAGGCUUUCACAUAUCAGUGAUUUUAAAAUAUCAGUGUUUUUUGCUACUCAUUUGUAUGUAUUCAGUCCUAGGAUUUUGAAUGGUUUUCUAAUGUAGUGACAUCUGCAUUUAAUUUCCAGAAAUUAAUUUUCAUGUUUGAAUGCUGUAAUUCCAUUUAUAUACUUUAAGUAAACAAGAUUACUACAAUUAACUACAAUUAAAAAAACGCAUAGUUCCAGUUUCUAUGGCCUUCCCACCUGUUAGAAAUUAAUUUUGUUAGAAAUUAAUCUGGCAUUUUUAAACAUUUAAAAAUUAGUUUAUCAGAUAUCAGCAUAUGCCUAAUAAAACUUAUGUUAAUAAGCAUUUAAUCUUCCAUAAUACAUUACAGCCAAGGCCUAUAUAAUAAUUUUGGAUUUGUUCAAUCUUACAGGCUGUUUUCUAUUGUAUCAUUAAGUGGAAGUUCAAGAAGGCAUCAAACAAAACAAGGAUGUUUACAGACAUAUGCAAAGGGUCAGGAUAUCUAUCCUCCAGUAUAUAGUAAUGCUUAAUAACAAGUAAUCCUAACAGCAUUAAAGGCCAAAUCUGUCCUCUUUCCCGACUUCCUUACAGCAUGUUUAUAUUACAAGCCAUUCAGGGACAAAGAAACCUUGACUACCCCACUGUCUACUAGGAACAAACAGCAAGCAAAAUUCACUUUGAAAGCACCAGUGGUUCCAUUACAUUGACAACUACUACCAAGAUUUAGUAGAAAAUAAGUGCUCAACAACUAAUCCGGAUUACAGUAUGCUUUAGCUCAUCAUAAUUCAGAUUAUUUUUAAUCAUCUUAGCCAAAACUGUAAAGUUGCCACAUUACUAAAGACACACACAUCGUCCCUGUUUUGUAGAAAUAACACAAAGAAAGACCAAGAGGCUACAGAAGGAGGAAAUUUGCAACUAUCUUUGCAACAAUAAAUCAGGUAUCUAUUCUGGUGUAGAGAUAGGAUGUUGAAAGCUGCCCUGCUAUCACCAGUGUAGAAAUUAAGAGUAGUACAAUACAUGUACACUGAAAUUUGCCAUCACGUGUUUGUGUAAACUCAAUGUGCACAUUUUGUAUUUCAAAAAGAAAAAAUAAAAGCAAAAUAAAAUGUUUAUAA